ACACUGCGAGAAGGGCGUGGUUGCUAGGCAGAUCAUGUUAAUGAACUGCGGGAAGGUAGGCAGCAGAUGCAAGAUGGCUUCCCCAGCGUCAUCUCUGCCGGAGCGGAAUCAGAGCGACUCUCCCGUCCCGGCUUCUAUGUUCUCCCCAGAGCCCGACGGAGAGGAUUCAGAUUGUAGUCUGGAUGGAGAGCCUCUGAGGAACGGAGAAGCCGAUAUUGAUCUGACUAGCAAACUUGUUCUGGUGAGCCCUAGCGCAGAGCAGUAUGACAGCCUACUACGUCAAUUGCGGGACCGGAUGGAUGAGGGCCGGGGGGAGACCAUCUAUGUUAUUGGUCAAGGAUCUGAUGGUACAGAAUAUGGACUUAACGAAGCUGACAUGGAAGCAUCGGUGGCAACUGUUACUAGCAUGGCGGAACAGAUCAUUGCUGACAUGAUCUUGCUGCGGGAGCAUCAGGAAGCUGGAGGCAAAGUACGAGACUACCUGGUGCGCAAGAGCGUAGGAGAUAAUGACUUCUUGGAAGUAAGAGUGGCAGUUGUUGGAAAUGUGGAUGCUGGAAAGAGUACGCUUCUGGGAGUUCUGACUCAUGGGGAACUGGACAAUGGGCGUGGUUUUGCAAGGCAAAAGCUUUUCCGCCACAAGCAUGAGAUUGAGUCUGGCCGCACCAGCAGUGUUGGUAAUGACAUCCUAGGGUUUGACAGCCACGGACAGGUGGUUAAUAAGCCUGACAGCCAUGGAGGAAGCCUGGAGUGGACAAAGAUCUGUGAGAAGUCCUCCAAAAUAAUAACAUUCAUUGACCUGGCUGGACAUGAGAAGUACUUGAAGACAACUGUGUUUGGGAUGACAGGACAUCUCCCUGAUUUCUGCAUGCUUAUGGUUGGCAGUAAUGCUGGUAUAGUUGGCAUGACCAAAGAACACCUUGGCCUGGCACUGGCACUUAAUGUCCCAGUCUUUGUAGUGGUGACCAAGAUAGAUAUGUGUCCAGCAAACAUAUUACAAGAAACACUAAAGUUGCUGCAGAGGCUGCUGAAGUCUCCUGGCUGUAGGAAGAUCCCAGUGUUGGUGCAGAACAAGGAUGAUGUGAUUGUAACUGCUUCAAAUUUUAGCUCAGAAAGGAUGUGUCCAAUUUUCCAGAUCUCGAAUGUUACCGGGGAGAACAUGGAGCUCUUGAAAAUGUUUCUGAACCUGUUGUCUCCUCGCAGUAGCUCUCGGGAGGAGGAGCCUGCAGAAUUUCAGAUCGAUGAUACGUACUCUGUACCUGGUGUUGGCACUGUUGUGUCAGGCACAACUUUGAGAGGGCUGAUUAAAUUAAAUGACCUGUUGCUACUGGGGCCAGAUCCAUUAGGCAACUUUACUUCCAUUGCAGUAAAGUCAAUCCACCGCAAGCGCAUGCCAGUUAAAGAGGUGCGAGGUGGCCAGACUGCAUCUUUUGCCCUUAAAAAGAUUAAACGCUCCUCUAUCAGAAAAGGUAUGGUGAUGGUUUCCCCUCGCCUUAAUCCACAAGCAUCAUGGGAGUUUGAAGCAGAGAUCUUGGUGCUUCACCACCCAACCACUAUCAGCCCGCGCUAUCAAGCAAUGGUACACUGUGGCAGCAUCCGGCAGACUGCAACUAUCCUGAGCAUGAGCCGUGACUGUCUACGGACCGGUGACAAGGCCACAGUGCACUUCCGCUUUAUCAAAACCCCCGAGUAUCUGCACAUUGACCAGAGGCUUGUAUUUAGGGAGGGCCGUACCAAAGCAGUUGGAACAAUAACCAAGUUGUUACAAAGUACAAACAAUUUGCCCAUGAACUCCAAGCCACAACAAGUAAAGAUGCAGUCCACAAAAAAGAGUCCACACGGGAAGAAGGAUGAACAGAUCCCUGGUGCAGCAGUCCCAGAGGAGGCUUCUCCUUCAGCUGCUGUUGGGGUAACUGCGGGAGCUGGCUCUCUGCAAGCACAGCCUAAGACCGGAGGUGGUGGAAGACGCCGUGGAGGCCAGAGACAUAAAGUAAAAUCUCAGGGGGCAUGUACGGCGCCCACGGGGGGAUGCUGAACUUCACUUAACCCUCCAUCCCUUAUGAGGAGCUGUAAAAGCUUCACUACAACAUAGUGGAGAGAAGCAACACACUCCCAUGUUCUUCAAACCAUCAGUCCUUUUUGUACCUGCUGCUUUUAUUCAUCCAUGUCUCACAGUUGUUGUGACCAUCAGCCAGUUACUUAGUGUUUUCAUCUUAUCUGGUUUUUAAUGGUCUUAAGGAUGUUAAAUGCCACAAAGUUUCCCCACACCAUUGUAUCACUCUGCCCUGGAAGUGGAAAGUGAAUGUGGAGAGUGAUCUCAUUCGCCUGUAAGGUAACAGAACUGCACUCCAUCCAGCAGGUGGUCAAGCCUUUUACUUUUCUUUUUAAAAAAAAAUUAUGGAAGAUCAACCUUUUUGGUUCUGGCAAAGUUCUGUUAAAACUCAAUUGGCAGUAAAUCAUUUUUAAUUUUUAUUUUUUUUGGGGGGGGGGGGUACACUUGCCUACCUACCUGGUACCAACCACCCCCAUAAAAAGUUUAAUUUUACUUCUUAAAAAUGUUUUUUCUUAAAAUUAAUUUAAAAUCUUCAAAAGAAGUUGAGAUACCCUGUUUUAUGUUUUUUUUAAUCUGCGGUAUUCUUAGGUUCCCUAUCUGUGUGUGCGUUGUAUGUAACAGCACAAGGAUAAGGUUCCUGUUAGGAUGCUGACAAAAAAUUGAGAUGACAUUUCAAAGAGAGGAUCAUCGGUUUUAUUAAAGAAACAGAAAAAACGUA